GGUUUUAUAACACAUUCCUACUUCAGCUACUGUGUGAAGAUCCUGCUGUUUCAUUGUACAAUUCAUUCUGCUGUUAUCUUAUUACAACUGUGCCUGAACAACUGAAACACUCUAAAAAAUCAAAUUUUUUCACCAUGGAUGAGUUAAAGGAGCAGAGAAUUUUGGAGUUUGUUCUUCAGAAUGCAGUGCGUGGUGACCCACAGAGUGUGGUGGACAAUAUAGAUCAGUACUGUAGGAACAAAGAGUGGGCCAUGAAUGUAGGCGAUGAAAAGGGGCUGAUCCUUGACAAGGUAGUGGAAGAGACAGCACCAUCUAUCGCCCUAGAGCUGGGCACAUACUGUGGCUAUUCUGCUGUCCGAAUAGCCAGGAUACUUAAGCCUGGAGCUCGCUUGCUGACUAUCGAGAUGAACCCAGAUAAUGCAGCUGUGGCCAAGCAGAUAAUUGAAUUUGCUGGAGUUCAGAACAUGGUGCAAGUUCUAGAAGGUUCAUCUGCAGAUAUCAUCCCUACUCUGAAAGAAAAAUACCAAGUAGACACUCUGGAUUUUGUGUUUCUGGAUCAUUGGAAGGACAGAUAUAUAAUAGAUACCAAACUAUUGGAGGAAUGCUGUUUGUUGAGAACAGGCUCUGUAUUCCUGGCUGACAAUGUUGUUUACCCUGGCAUUCCAGACUUUUUAGAAUACGUCAGAUUCUGUGGUCGCUAUGACUGCACCAACUACCCAUCCCAUGUUCAGUACAUGAAUAAAGAAGAUGCUCUGGAGAAAGCUGUCUUCAAGGGUUAUAUCUGAUUAUUACAGGGACAGCAUUAGAUAUAGACCCAAGGCUCUGUUCAAAUAGUGCUUAUAUAGUUCAUGGCCUUAGUCUAGUAUCAAUGAACACACUGAUCUGAACAGAAUAGAAUCAUGGCUUUCCUGCUUUAAAAUGAAUGUUCAGAACCUGAUUUUAACUGGGUACUAUGAUACUAGUAAAAAUCUGGAACCAUUGGAGCCGAAGUUGUCCUCAAGAAUGUGUUUCAAAGCUCAAACGUAGGUAUAUCCCAAACACAUGAAACCAUUAUAUAAGAACUA